AUGUUACAUAAUAGUAACGAGAUCAAACAACACUUUAAUCUGGUGAAAAACAAACAGAAGUAUUAUCAUGACAAGCCAUCAACUAAUCAACAUAAGAAGCUCCAACCAGGAGAUGAAGUUCGUAUGGCACCACAGAACAAAGCCAACGUAUGGUCUCCAGCUAUAGUAAUCGAACACCACAAGUCACCUCGUUCGUAUAUUGUAGAAUCAAACGGAACCAAAUACAGGCGUAAUCACAGAGAUUUACGAAGCACAACUAAACAAGCCAACUCCGGAACACAACUAGUCUGCAACCCUCCAGAAGAACCUCAAACAGAAACUAAGUUAACGCCAAAUAAGCCAGAACCAAAAGCUGACAUAUCCACAGAUUCCCAACCAUACACUACCAGACAUGGAAGAGUGACAAAACCACCAAAUAGACUAAAUCUGUGA